UUUCAUUUUGAGCUUGCGGUACAGCGCACACUUUUGAGUGCACAUGUGAACACACACGUUUCCUUCUCAGAGAAACUAUGGAGCAGAAGGAGAGCCCGAUGCGUCUGAGGGAAUGGCUGAUCGCACAGAUUGACAGCGGGAAGUAUGCGGGACUGAGCUGGGAGAACGAGGAGAAAACUUUAUUUAAAAUCCCGUGGAAACACGCAGCUAAGCAGGACUACAGGCAGAACGAGGACGCUGCGCUCUUCAAGGCAUGGGCGGUGUAUAAAGGGAAGUACCGUGAGGGCCGUGACAGAGCCGACCCCUCAGCGUGGAAGACUCGGCUACGCUGCGCCCUCAACAAGAGCUCUGAGUUCCAGGAAGUUUCUGAACGCAGCCAACUGGACAUCUCUGAACCAUACAAGGUGUACAGGAUAGUGGAGGAUACACACGCACACACAGAAUCUGUUGUGAGUUCAGUAAAAGGCAAAGCAUUCGCUGAAGCUCAUGGUCAGGAUGUUGUACAUGGCAACUCAAAUAACAGUAGAGUAUCAGACGAGAGACCAGCAGACAGCAGGUUGGAUCUCUACAGCAAUAACAAUGUUGUCAGUUACGACAGACCUGCGAAUGUUUCUGUCACUCUGCUAACAACAUGGUGCCCCAUUUCAGACUUCCGACUCCUCGUGUGUGUGUUCUAUCAUGGCCAGCUGGUUCAGGAAUUGAUCACCUCGUCUCCAGAGGGAUGUUUUAUCCUGCAGGGUUCAGCGCCGGUGGGGAACGAGCGUAUUUACGGGCCGUGUGCAGCUCACACUCUGUCGUUCCCUCGCCUGGACACUCUGUCCCUCCCACCGGGCAUCGCCGAGGCCAUGAGCCGCCUGCUGCCUCACCUGGAGAAAGGUGUGUUAGUGUGGGUCGCCCCUGAUGGAGUCUACAUCAAACGCUUCUGUCAGGGACGAGUGUACUGGGACGGGCCGCUCGCCCAACACACGCUCCGACCCAACAAACUGGAGAGAGAGAAGACGUGCAAACUGCUGGACAUCAAUGUCUUCCUGCAGGAGCUACAUCAGCACCUGCAGGUGGGGGGGCCGAGGCCACGCUAUGUGAUUGACCUGUGCUUUGGAGAGGAAUUUCCUGACAAAAAUCAACCCAAGAGCAAAAAACUCAUUACAGCACAGGUGGUGCCCCUGUUCGCUAAGGAGCUGCUUGAGGGUCUCCAGAAGCAUGAUGCUGAACUGAAAUUCAGUCUGAAAUCAGAAGCACAGAAAUGAAAUCCACUCCUCCAUCCAUCCAGUCCUCUCUUCAUCCCUCCAUCCAUCACUGUAGAUAUAAACACACCCAACACACUUCAGCAAAACCAUAACUGUACACCAAAGCGUUUUUUUCUUUCAACAAUUUUCUCUUAUUACUAUUUAAGAGUAAAGCUUUUGAAUGAUUAACCAGUUGUAACAAGGAAUUAGGAAAACAGCAUCAUGCGAACUAGUGGCUAACACUGUUAGCCAUGUUACCUCAGAAUCAACCAUGCUCCAUGCUUUGCUAAAUGUUGCUGUCAAUAAAUUAUAGAUUUUACCAGCAAAAAUGAGCAUAAUCAAGCACAAAGUUACCAGCAGUCAAGUUUCCUCAAGCUAACCAAUUAGCAUUUUGCUAAGAAAAUCAAUUCAGACUCAUAGCUGUUAGCUUUCUGUUAUUGUUAGCCUACGUAGCAUGUUUGGACAAUGCUCUUUUAAAACAAUAUUUCAGUUAUCAAUUACAGUCAAUAAAAUAACCUGCUGUUAUUUAAUGUUUUUAUUUUAUUACAGUCAAGGAAAAUUAAAUAAUGUUUAUUAUGUUUUGGUAAAAAAAAAUGCUAACAUUGCUAACAAUACAUGAAAGUUGAUACCAGAGGAAUCAUGCUAAUUGUGAGUACUAGCUUGAUUGUUAACUAUAGCUACGUUCACGCCAUGUCGUAAUUACCAUAAUUAUUAGAUUCUGACUUGUAAAAAGCGUUCACGUCCUCGUAGAACUCGUAAUUACAACUUGUUAACUCUGAAACAUUCAAAAUGGUGGCGGAUGUAGAAUAAAAUGUAGAUACGUUGUUAUCUUGUAAUAUCUCUGUGUAAUAACUCGUAUAACUGACUAUUAUUAAUGUCUUAAUAAUGCAAAAUUAAUCUGAAAUUUACUGUUAUUAUUAUUAAUUUAUUAUUGUUGUUGUUUGUGUAGGUUUGCAACAACACAUGACCAAUGCCUACGUUAUUAAUAAACAACGUCAUUGUUACCUGUUGCGCUUUUGUGUUCUUCAAUAUUUAGCAAUAGCGUAAAAAUCUGAUUUAAAUUGUAGUUCUGUAUUUUUUAGUUGUCAACAACGUCAUCUCACACAGAUUCAUUUUGGCAUAUAGAAACGCAUAAUUUCGAGUCUGAGGACGUAAACAGCUCUGAGUAGAACGUCCGGGUUGUCAUCUAGUAUUUACGGUAAUUCCGAUAUGGCAGGACCGCAGUGUAUGUUAGCAUGCUUGUUAACUCUGUAGGAUUAACUACGCUACCUUUAAAGGAGAAUUUCAUUCAGCAAAAAUGCUAAUGUUGCUAAAUGUGAAUGAAAGCAAAAAGUAACAAAUACUAUUAAGCUAAUUACACCCAUUAGCUUCACCACGGCAUACUUGGAUUUGUUACUCUGUAGGCCAACAAUAUAUAAAAAAUAAAUUACAAUUAGCAUGAUCAAAAUAAUAAGCUUAUUCUAACUAACUUCUAGUUUCCAUUUAUUGCUAGCCAUGUUAGCAUGUUAAUUUUUCUGAGGAAAGUCUCUUUUGUUUUGUUUUUGAACAUUUUUCUGCUUUUUUACUUUUUCUUGGUUUAAAGAGUGUCUCAGAGAAAGCUUUUUACGGCUGUAAAUAUUGUGAAAUUGUUUAAAAGUGAAUCAGUUAAAAAUGGAAAAAGUUAAUGUUGACAACUAUGCAAAUAUUAUCAUGCAAAGUAUAAAGGCUUAAAAUUAGUUAGCCAUGUUAACUGUCAACUUAUUUGAAUACUUUUGUUCAAAAAGACUAAUGUCGCUAUCGCAUAGGUUGUACUAGCUAAAUGGUAUGCUAACUGUGGCUUCUAGCGUACAAUUGUUGUACCAGCUUACAUGUUUGGUGUACAAUACAAAGUUAGCCACAUAUUUGAAAUACACUGUCAUUUCUAAAAGAAUAUUUCAGACAAAAAAUGUCAUUGUACUAGAAACAACCAAAAGAAAUAGCAAAAAUUAGCAUCAUCCCUAUAUCAUCAUGCUAAUUGUGACUAAUGCUUCAAGGAAGUAUCUGUGCUCGUGCUGAAGGAAUGUUUAGGUCAAAAUGUUGCUAAUAGCAAUGUUGCAUUCAUGUUGUAUCGGAGAAAACAUAAUUCCCACCAGAAAAAAACAAACAAAAAAAAAAAAACAAGGCCUCAGUUCAUUUCGACCUUAGAGAAGAAAAUACAAGUUUUUUGGGGUCAGAUCUGACCUUAGUUCUCUGACCAAACCAGGACUCUUAUAUUAAAGUAGUUAAUAUUUCAGUUUAUAAUGAAUUAUAGUGGAUAAAUUUAUUCAGUACUAUUACAGAUUAGAAACAUAGACACCGCUAUCACAGCUAGCACUAGCUAAUAUAAGAUAAAAACUACAACCUCCACCUUUGUCUAGUAAAGAAAAAGGCAAUGCGUGAACACUUUCAAGUCGGGAAUAAGGGGAAGUUUUUUUGGUUUUUUUUCUGUCGAACUGUCCAACACGAUGUGAAUGCAGCAUUGAAUUAAACCCCGUAGGAAACAUGCGUCGUGGUAGUGGUAAUGCUAAUUUUGACUCAUUGUUAGCCAUAUUAGCAUGUUACUCAUGUAGAGUGCCAAAAGUGCCAGUCUUACUGCUUUUUCUUUUUUAACAGUUUAUAAUAUAAAUUUGAUCAAACAGGCAGCUUGGAUUCAGAAUUCAGCUUUUGGGGAAUGCAGCCUUGAUUAUUUUUCUUUAUUUGUUUGUUUGUUUUCCUUUAUAAUCAUACUGUGCAAACUAAAAACUGUGAAAAAUCUUCUGCUAACAUGACAACCUGAACUUAUUUUUCUUAUGUGCUAUUGUUAUAUGAUGUAUUUAUUCAAUUAAUCCUCAGUCAUUUGUGUUAUGGUCAUUAAUCGGGGUCAUCAGGUUUAUAAAAUAAUAAAAAUCGGACUCCAUAUAAAUCUAUAAA